AUGAUUGGAAUGGUGAAUGUUCCGUGCGACAGCAUGCGCGAGUUCUACGCAGCUCCAACAGAUACGCCGGCGGCACGCUGCCAGCCGGUGGACGGGGUGAAGGUCGAGCCGGAGAUGGCCGUGAAGCUGCUCACUAACAGACCGCUAUUCAACCGGCGCCACGCCGAGCACAUCGACUACACGAAGGACGGGCGGAAGAUGAGCAACGGGGAGGUGCUGCAGAAGCACAACCCGAACAAGCUGUGGGAGGAGCUGCUGAUCCGGACGUUCGCGAAGAAGGUGGAGGACGAGGUGAAGAACCCGGUGGAGGGGAUGCGGCAGCUGGAAGCGGGGAUGGAGACGUUGCGGGGGAGUCUUGACAAAACCCAAUCGAAUUCGAUGUUCUCCCUCGUCUCCGACCACCGGCUGAUGGCUGAAAUCGCGGUCGCUGAAGAUGUGGAGGAGGAGGAGCGGCUUUUGAAAAGAAUUAAGUUGAGCGCCGAGCCGGCCGACGAGCUGGAGGACGAGGAGCACGAGCGCCACCGCAGCGCCUCCACCGUCUCGCACCCGAUCAGCAGCAAGCGGCUGUCCAUCAGCAAGCUAGAGACCAAGAGCAAGACGUUGGCCCUGCAGGCCGAGAAGGAGGCCGAGCAGCGCAAGGAGAAGGAGACACAGCCCGUCAAGGAGGAGGUGAAGAGCAGCCGCAAGUCGAAGAAGGAGUCCAAGAAGGCGGCCCCCGAUGAGCCGCCGGCCGACGGUCCCGCCAAGGCGCUGAGCGUCCCCGGCGCCGGGACACAGGUGCAAAAGUGGAUCCAGCGCGCGUUGGACAUGGGCGUGCCGGCGCUGCGCGAGGAAUACCGAGGCUUGUCGAAGUGGUGCCCGGAUGGGAUGACCGUCGACGCGUUUAAGGCCGCCCAGCCGGAGAACAAGAAUCGCUACCAAGACGUGCCAUGCCAAGACAAAUGCCGUGUGGUGCUGAAAUGGCCGGGCGCCAGCGGCGACUACAUCCACGGCAACUUCGUCAAGACACCCCAGAUGGAGAACCGCUUCAUCUGCACGCAGGGGCCGCUCGAGACGACUGUCGUCGAUUUUUGGUGCAUGAUCAUCCAGGAAGAGGUCGAGACCAUCGUCAUGCUGUGCAACUUGGUCGAGCAGGGCAAGCUCAAGUGCUUCAAGUACUUCCCAAUGGAAAAGGGCGAAAAACUCGAGGUGUCCCCCGACAUCACCAUCACCAACACUGACAUCAAACCGAUGAGCCCCGAGGAGCCGUCAGUGAACGUCUCCGUGCUGCGCAUCGACUUCAAGAAAGACGACAAGCCGGCCACUCGCGACGAGCUGCUCUCCCGAAUCCGCGGCACGCAGAAGCCGAUCGCCGUCCAUUGCUCGGCUGGGAUCGGGCGCACUGGGACCAUUGUGGCUAUUGAAUACAUCCUGGAAUGCCUGCAGCACGGCAAGGACUGCGUCGACAUGGACAAGCUGCUGAAGGAGUUGCGCGAGCAGCGGCCCUGGUCCAUUCAGAAUGACUUGCAAUACCUCUACAUUCACCGCAUCCUGCUCUUCUACUUCCUCGACAAGUACAAGGCGCAGAACAAGUCGGUGCUCACCCCGGAGAACGUCGAGAAGUACAACAAGUUCAUCGAGGAGUACGACGCGGCCACCCGA